AAAUGCUUUAUUCAUUCCCGACAUGCAAGUCGCACACUGACGUUACCACGCUGAGUAACGUAGUCACCGCACGUAAUUUUCAUUCAGGCAGCAUUUGAAUAAGGAAGAUGGCGGCUGCAGCAGUGGUUGAGUUUCAGAGAGCCCAGUCUCUCAUUAGCACGGAUCGCAACGCCUCUAUCGACAUCCUUCACUCGAUAGUGAGAAGAGAUGUUCAAGAGAACGAUGAGGAAGCUGUCAGAGUUAAAGAACAAAGCAUCCUGGAGCUGGGAACACUCCUGGCAAAGACAGGACAGGCUGCAGAGCUGGGGGGCCUGCUGAAAUUUGUGAGGCCUUUCCUGAUUUCCAUCAGCAAGGCCAAGGCGGCUCGGCUGGUCCGCUCUCUGCUGGACCUCUUCCUCGACAUGGAGGCAGCGACGGGGCAGGAGGUCGAGCUGUGUCUCGAGUGCAUCGAGUGGGCCAAGGCUGAGAAGAGGACCUUCCUACGACAGGCUCUGGAGGCACGACUGAUCUCGCUCUACUUUGACACCAAAAGAUACCAGGAGGCCUUGGCUCUUGGCUCCCAGUUGCUCCAGGAGCUGAAGAAAAUGGACGACAAAGCUCUUCUGGUGGAAGUACAGCUGCUGGAGAGCAAGACGUACCACGCUCUCAGUAACCUGCCCAAGGCCCGCGCAGCCCUCACUUCAGCCAGAACCACCGCCAACGCCAUCUACUGUCCUCCCAAGCUCCAGGCAGCGCUGGACAUGCAGUCAGGGAUCAUCCAUGCAGCAGAGGAGAAGGACUGGAAGACAGCCUACUCCUACUUCUUCGAGGCCUUCGAGGGUUACGACUCCAUCGACAGUCCCAGAGCCAUCACAGCACUCAAAUACAUGCUCCUGUGCAAAAUUGUACUCAACUCACCAGAGGAGGUACAAGCUCUGAUCAGCGGUAAACUGGCGCUGCGAUACGCUGGCAGACAGGCAAAUGCGCUGAAAUGUGUUGCCCAGGCCAGCAAGAACAGAUCAUUAGCAGACUUUGAAAAGGCCCUCACAGAGUACAGAGCAGAACUGAGGGACGACCCGAUUAUCAACACUCACCUGGCCAAGCUGUACGACAACCUGCUGGAACAAAACCUCAUCCGAGUCAUUGAACCCUUCUCCAGAGUACAGAUAGAACACAUAUCAGGUCUAAUCAAACUAUCAAAGGGUGACGUUGAGAGGAAAUUAUCACAGAUGAUUCUGGACAAAAAGUUUCACGGAAUCCUCGACCAAGGUGAAGGUGUUUUGAUCAUAUUUGAAGAACCACCGGUGGACAAAACAUACGAAGCAGCCUUGGAAACAAUUCAGAACAUGAGCAAAGUCGUGGACUCGCUUUACAACAAAGCCAAGAAGCUGACAUAGAUUGCCACGGCGGUGCGAUGGAGGAACUGUGUGUGUUUGACCAGCGUGCGUAACAUUUUAAAGAAGGGGACACGGGAGAGCAACAAACAGGAUUCCCCCAUCAAACUUCCCCCUUUCCUCCCCCUCUACGGACAAUUUCAUCACUUCUCUCGUUUUUUUUUUUUUGUUUGUUUGUUUUGUUUUUAUUUUCCUCUCUCAUUUUGAUAUCUCUUCAGGAUUCUGUGUAACACUCAGCGGCCACGUCAGGCCAUCAGGGAAUAUUGUACAACCACAAUUAUAAUAAAAAAAGAAGAUGAAAAGGUUUAAGUAGAACAUAUAUGUUUAUAUCUGCUGUAAGGUUGGGCCUGCCGAGCCUUAAGCUGACUCCACUGCAACCUCACAGGUGCAACAUUGACCUCUGCUGCCUCGGACUCUGCUACCAACAGAAACCAGGCGUUCUCCUCUCUCUCUCGUUCACAUCUUUCAGAAGCACACUGCUCAGUUUUUGGAAGAUUCUCCUUGGAAUUUUUUCUCCCUACCCCUCUCUUCACCCACCACAUCAAUGCCAACAGUUCAGCCCCCUCCCCCCCCCCAUCACUGUAUUUCAGAUAUGUAUUAAACUCACUUUAUUUGGUUUUUUUGUUUUGUUUUUUGAGUUUGUGUUUUUGUUCAAAGAGGAAAAUCAGAUGGUUGCCACAUGUCUGCCCCUCCUGCUAUUGUAAGUUCUCGAGAACAGACAGGAUGCCAUUUCACCACUAGUGCCACUUUUUCGGCGCUUCUGUUUUGCCUCAGCGUUUUGGGUGCAAUACGAAAUCGCAGGGCAGAGGUGGAGGUGUAUUCGUCGCCUCUGAGCGUCUGUGAGUUUAUCCCGAGUGAAACAAUUCUCCAUUGUUAGUUCCUAGCACUAGUGUGGUAUGCUAGUAACCAAACAAUUUGUAUGGUUUUGAUUUGGUUUUGAUUUUUUUUCUUUGUUUUUUGGGUUUUGUUUUAAUCUUACAAAGACAUUUUCAAAAAUAAAUAUUUUGUAUUUUAAGGAUUCUGUCUUGUCUCUUGCAAAAAAAAAAAAAAAAACAUAAAAGAAAUGCUGGUGGUAAUUUGAACUGGUAGGAGAAUUGUGGUUUUUAAAAAAUGGGUUUAAGGAUGGUAGGAGGUGUCGGCAGUCUUCCUAAAAUCAGCCAACAGAAAAAACAGAAGUCACCCUGGAGUCUCCUCUUCCUGCUGCUGCUAUGAUCUGUCACUAUUUUUCAGUUCUCUCACAUCAAAGGGCAUUAAAUCGGUUCCACUGACA